CACACCAGCUGACAUCUCUCUAUCAAGUCAAAUCGAAGAAAUAUCCAUUGGUCAAUAUAGUAUUCCAACCGAAAAUUGUAUUCGCACUAGUGUUACUCGCUGUGGCUUGUAUUUCAAUUGAUACGGUCGAGGGGAAUCCAAAAGCAAGCACGCUCCAAGACUUGGAGAUGAUUGACACAGGUUUAAAUCGAACGAAACGACAACUGAGUGAUGCAGGAAUUGGCGUUGGAGUUGAUUUGAUUUCCAAAUCAAUAACAAAUGCGUUUGAAUGCGCCGCAAAAGCUGGUUGUCAUAAAGGAUAUUGUUGGACUUGGUGUGGAGCCAGUCUUACCGGCGGUGAAUGGUGUUAUACCACCAGAGCACAUUCUCAAAGUUUCCAGUAUGUUGGAUGUAGUUCGGACUCUGAAUGUGAUCCAUGCUGGAAAUGUGCUGGAUCAUGUACACUAUAAACGCAUCUUUGAUGAAUGACAUUUUGA